AUGAACAAAGUCGAAGUAGCUAUGGAGAAAGAAGGGUCAACAGUUCCAAACAAGGAGGAACAAAAGUCGACUCAAAUCCAUGAUGAUUACAAGAAUCCUGGUGCUGUUGCUGAAUGGGAGGAAUUUUUAAAAUCGACUCACUACAGCGCAACUCUUCCAGCAGGAUAUCUCAAAGUUGAAAAACCCCAAGGAGACCCAAAAUUUUGCAUUCGAAGUUCCCUUCCUCCCUUGGAGACGGAAGCUCGCUGUGCAACUCUCAUUGCACAGUUCCAUUCCUUCAAGGGCAUUCCCCAGCAAACCCAACUCCGCGUCUCCGAUCUUGCCUACUACAACCUCGCACAUGACACUGUUGAGACCGAAGUCUGGCGUGGACUUCUCAACUUUCGUAAACCUGACGCGACAUACCUCAGAGGGGAUUCUCAAUCUCAAAAUUGCGGAGAUAGCUCCUUGGAAGAUCGUCCUGCUAGGGAGAGCUGGCACCCGGUCUUCGGUCACUUGGUUCGUCCUAUUCCUCGGGAACCAAGCCUUUGGAGCUGGGGAUCCGAAGACGAUCUUGCGGCUUUUCGCUGCGAGGGUACUGCUGCAAGACUCACGCGUGCACCUACUUUUGGUAGUAGCACUGCUUCAGAUCGCGAAUGGGUUAACAAUGUUCUCAAUGGUUACCUCAAUGUCUCGGAUGAGUGGAUCGUACAUGAUGAGACUGAAUCACCUUCUCGUGGUCGUUCGGAGAGCGUUAUUAGUAAUUGCUCGGCCCUUAUCAAUCAUGAUCAUGAGUGUACUGCUCCAUCUAACCUCUUCUCCACCUCUCCUGCCAUUAGUCUUGGUCCUGCCCCAGCUGCAACGGGUAUCGAAUAUACUGGUCCCAAUCCUUCGGCAACCCUGGAUCAGCGACUUGACGAUCAUGCAGAUGCCCCUCUCGCCAGCGACGAGGAAGAUAUGGAGAGUGCUAGCCCUCGCAGAACUGAGCGUCCCUACCUCAUUAUCUUCAUCAUCGUCAUCAUCUGCUUCGUUGCCGGCUCAAUUGCUACUAUCAUUGGAGCAUUUGUUUUCGCUGCCAGAAGAGGUAUUCUUUAG